AUGUCCCUUCCCAAGACGUACAAGGCUGCCGAGAUCCAGACUGCCGGCGGACAGUUUGUGCUCGUCGACCGCCCUAUCCGCGAGCCGCAGGAGGGUGAAGUCCUCGUCAAGGUCCUCGCUUCAGGUGUCUGCCACACCGACGCUGCCGCCGUCCACGGCUUGAUUGGCGCCAAGCACCCGCUCGUCCCGGGCCACGAAGUCGUUGGCAACGUCGCUGCUGUCGGACCGUCGGAGAAGAGGUGGAAGGUGGGAGAUCGCGUCGGUGCAGGCUUCCACGGCGGCCACUGCGGCGUCUGCAAGAGCUGCCUCCGCGGGUCGUUCAACACCUGCGUCUCGCAGAACAUCACCGGCAUCCUCUCGGACGGCGGGCACGCCGAGUAUGGCUACUUCCGCACCGAGUCGCUCGCGUCUGUCCCCGUCGACAUGGGCCCGGCCGAGGCGGCGCCGCUCCUCUGCGCCGGCGUGACUGUCUACAACUCGCUGAGGAACGUCAAGGACCUUCACCCGGGCGACAUCGUUGCGGUGAGCGGCAUCGGCGGACUCGGACACCUGGCCGUUCAGUAUGCGCGCCAGAUGGGCUACAAGGUCGUCGCGCUGUCGCAGUCGGCGUCGAAGAAGGAGCUCGCGUCGCAGCUCGGCGCGCACCUCUACAUCGACGCCAGCAAGGAGAACCAGGCCGAUGCGCUCAACAAGAUGGGCGGCGCCAAGGUCAUCGUCGCCACCGCACCCGAUGCUGCGUCCAUCUCUAGCCUCAUUCCCGCACUCGCCGUCGACGGUACCCUCCUCCUCCUCGCCGCCUCAGGUGACCUGACCGUCCCGACCGGACCCGUCAUCUUCCGCCGCACCAAGAUCCAGGGCUGGCCGACCGGCACGCCGCUCGACGAGGAGGAGACGCUCGACUUCUCGCAGCUCUCGGGCGUCAAGUCGUACAUCGAGAAGUUCCCGCUCGACCAGAUCCAGACCGCCUACGACAGGAUGAUGAGCAACCACGUCCGUUUCCGCGCGGUUGUCGUCCCCUGA